AUGAUGGCAACUUACGUUCUCCCCGCGCAGGUUUCGCGGUCGGCUUCUGUUAGCGACCCCGUUUCUCCACCCGACUGGUCUCCGUUGUCGCUCUCCAUCUCCAGUCUCAUUCGCACCCGGUCAACUCGUCGCCAGUCGAGUGUUGAGGAACAAUUUGCACCAACUCGUCGAGGGUCGAUUCUCAAAAGGCUGGCGGGCCCACGAGAAAACGCGAAGCGAUUCCUUCGCCUGCGGUCGUCGAGGGUACAAUCGCCUCCCCUGCAACCCACCCCGCGUUGCAGAGGUGCCCGGCCAGUGUCGGAAAUUAUAUUCCCAACGAAUGCACAGGCAUCGCUUCCCGAGUUAGAUGACGGCGAGAUGCGCUCGGAUUCAUCCUCCACGGCCACCGAGGUGCUGCCCCGGCCGGUGCCGGAACCCCAAAAUACCGCCGCUUCCGAGUUGGCGACACCGUUCACUCCUCUUCGCAAUGAGAAAAUUGUCGCUACGGGAAGUGGAAUCACGGUCGGCAUCGCUCUGACGGAGCCAGUCCUCUAUCUUCAAGGCUACGACCAGCAUGACCCCAGUAGCAAGAAGUCGGCAAUCUUGCGUGGGCAAUUGCACUUGAAGGUAUCGAAAUGUGUCAAGAUUAAGAAAAUCUCGAUCUGUUUCCGCGGCCAUGCCCAAACGGACUGGCCCGAUGGGAUCCCGCCCAAGAAGAUUCAUUUCCACGAUAAGAAGGACCUGUUCACCCAUGGCGUGGUCUACUUCAAUCAUGGCGAUACAGCGCUGAUGCAGAACGACUACGGAGCGCAUUACUAUCAGCAUGCCCAACCGAUAUCAUCGGUGCCCGGGAAGGAGGGGGUAUCGGCAACGACACGAGAACUGUUCUCCAACCGGAACUCUGGUGCUUCCUAUGGCCAGCCCACCGGUAGGGAUGCCAAGCGCCUCUCGCUGCCGAUGAACCGCGGACAUUCUCGCAGUUUCAGCAAAAACGAACCCCCGCCCAGUGCUCAGAACCAGCCCCAACGCAACUAUCGCAUGUUUCCCGUGGGCGACUACUUGUACAGCUUCGAGUUCCCUAUCGAUGGAGCGUUUCCAGAGACAAUAAAAACAGACUUGGGAACUGUCCGGUAUGAUUUGGAGGCUAUGGUAGAGCGAUCCGGGGCAUUCCGGCCGAACCUUUUGGGCACGAUGGAGAUUCCCGUCAUCCGCACGCCGGCCGAGGGUUCUCUAGAGCAGGUCGAGCCGAUUGCCAUUUCACGAAAUUGGGAGGACCAGCUUCACUACGACAUUGUCAUCUCGGGCAAGUCAUUCCCACUGGGCUCCCACAUCCCGAUUGCGUUCAAAUUGACUCCGCUCGCCAAAGUCGAAUGUCACCGGAUCAAGGUUUACGUGACGGAAAAUAUUCAACAUUGGACGGCGGACAAGAGUGUACACCGGUUCCAGCCGUCAAAGAAGGUGCUCCUGUUCGAAAAGCGAGCCGAUUCUCCCAGCACGAGUACCUACCCCGGUAGUUCCAUGCGCGUCACCGCAGGCGGCGGAAUUGACUGGGAUCGUCGUGCCGCUGCUGCCAGAGGGGAGGAGAUUGUGGAUCGGAGUCGGACCAAUCUUCUCGGAAACUUGGCCGGCGAGUCUGGCAUUGGGCCUACUGAAAUGGAGUUUAAUGUGCAGCUGCCGAGCUGUCCCGAGAUGAAGGGCCGGGACGAAUCCCAGCGACUGCACUUUGAUACAACCUACGAAAACAUUCAGAUUAAUCAUUGGAUCAAGAUUGUGCUUCGUCUGUCCAAGGUCGAUGAACGAGACACGGGCAAACGGCGACAUUUCGAGAUCUCGAUCGAUUCCCCGUUUCAUAUACUUUCCUGCAAAGCCACGCAGGCUAAUAUAUACCUGCCCGCCUACACGAGGCCGGCUGCGGAGCCGGAACCGCCCGCCCAGGAAUUCGAGUGUGGCUGCCCCGGAGCGCCAUUGGCCUCGCGAGAAAACUAUGUUCCAUCGAACUCGGAUCGCGAAGAUCAUAACCCGGCCCUGACUCGGCGGGGCUCCACCGGCCGCACUUUCGGGCGGAGUUUCACGAACGGGUCCGGCGGCUUAGUCCGCCCGCCCCAGGCACAUCUGGCCCAAGAACCGAACGCGCGGGACGACCGAGCCCCUCCUCGCCCGAUGCAUCUUCUGCGCGUCCCCUCGUAUGCGCCACCUGCCUUUGAAGAUGUGCCGCCACCACCGCCCCUCGUCACGCCGCCUCCCGAGUAUACGUCCAUUUUCAGCAGUGACGAUCGUGAGGCGGUACUGGAAGAUUACUUUUCCCGGCUGUCGUUCCAUGACGAGGAGCCCGAAGAGGAUGACCGGGGUCAUGCCCGCGUCGAUGUGCCUCUCACCCCGGGCGGCCGUAUCAACCGCAGUAUGGACGUCCCCCGGGAAUGGGUGCGCCUCGACGACGUGAACGUUCAAUGA